CGUCUCAGAUCAUUUCCUCAGGUUUUGCUCUGGUUGUUAGCAGUGACACUGAGAUGCCACCGUUCAAGCACGCUGUCUUGCUUCUGCUGCUGCUGGAGUUCCUGAUUUCGGUAGCCGGCGAUCAGCCUCAGCCUCUAACCUGCCCGCUCUAUGCUGGCGUCCCGGGGACGCCGGGACACAACGGCCUGCCCGGCAGAGACGGGAAAGACGGAAAGGAUGGGCCUGUUGGACCCAAAGGACAGAAAGGAGAGACAGGUUCCUCAGUGAUCGGACCACCUGGAAAGAAAGGUCCAGCAGGUGAUGUCGGCCCACAGGGGGUAAAAGGAGUGAAAGGAGAUCAAGGUGCAGGAGUCCGGGGACCCCCUGGAGUGGCGGGCCCACCUGGGCCUAAAGGGCAAAAGGGAGAAACUGGGUCAACAGGUCCCUCAGUGACCGGACCACCCGGAGCGAAAGGUCCAGCUGGUAAUAUCGGUCCACCGGGGGUAAAAGGAUCAAAAGGAGACCAAGGUGUAGGAGUCCGGGGACCUACUGGAGUGGCAGGCCCACCUGGGUCUAAAGGGCAAAAGGGAGAAACUGGGUCAGCAGCAAAUGUGAACGAAGCUGCCGUGGUCAAGACUUUGCUCUCAAACGUCCAGAAGCUUCAGUCCCGGAUUUCCAUGCUGGAGACAGUUCUAAGUUUCCACGCCUUCAGAAGGGUUGGUCAGAAAUAUUACGUCAGCAGCGGCUUGGUGACCACAUUUGAAUCCGGACAGAGCCACUGCAGAGGGGUCAAAGGAGAACUUGCUCUUCCAAGGAAUAUCGUAGAAAACCAGGCUGUUUAUCAAGUGCUCAAGCAGGUCUCCCAGCAUCAGACCGCCUAUCUCGGGGCACGGGACAGCAAGGUUAGGGGGCAGUAUGUGGACACGAAAGGUCAGAGGAUCACUUACACCAAAUGGCAUCCUGGCCAGCCGAACAGUGCAGAAGAGGAGUGCAUCUGUAUGGGGCCCAGCGAUCAAUGGCAUGAUUACAUGUGUAACUCCAAACACGUCAUUAUCUGUGAGAUACAGUAAAACACUGAAGUGCUGAUAAACAAGGUCAUCGAGUUCGAUACAAGAGGCUGGAUUUUAGAUUAAAAAAUCAAAUAUUUACCGUAUUAAAUUUUUUUCUGACAGUGUGAUUCAUUCUGAAUGAAUGUUCAUGCAUUUAUGCGUCUGAUUUGAACUGGUGGGCGGCUUUAUUUCAGGUUUUAGGUGCACUAAUUGACACCCAGCCUCCAAAAACAACACCUGAGGACCAAAAACGCACCAUUUCUCAGUUCAUCAGCAGAAUAUUAGCAGCUCCUUUCAUAUAAACACCUUAAUAAGCAUCCAAAAGGGGUCAUCGUAGACCUUUCUCUCUUCUGUUCUCAUUUUUCUUUUAUUAUUAUGUAAUCACAUAAAUUAUGGCACAGUUUUGUGGUUAAUU